AUGUGCUGCACAGGAAGGGACGGGGCUUCUGCGAGCUGCACCUGGAGGAGGAUGCUGCGGCAAGUGAUUCACAGGCGGCUCAAGGCUUCGUUCUACUGGCUCGGCUUGUUCGUCAGCAGGCACCCGGUGUUCUUCCUCACCGUCCCCGCCGUGCUCACCAUCAUCUUCGGGUCCACCGUGCUGAGCAGGUUCAAGCCGGAGAAAGACCUCGAGGUGCUGGUGGCACCGACCCACAGCCUGGCCAAGAUCGAGAGGAGUCUGGCCAACAGCCUCUUCCCCAUCGACCAGUCCAAAAACAAGCUGUACUCGGACCUGCACACCCCCGGCAGAUAUGGCAGGAUGAUCCUGCUCCCCAGGUCCGGGGGGAACAUCCUGGAGCUGGCCGCCCAGGUCCUGCAGGUCCACAAGAAGGUGCUGGAUCUGCGGGUCAACUACAAAGGGUUUAACUACACUUUCGCCCACCUCUGUGUCAUGAGGCACCGGGACAAGAAAUGCCUGUUGGACGAUAUCAUAACGAUCUUUGAGGACAUCCGCUCAGCUAUCCUGUCCAACAGCACUUUCUCCAAGGUGCCGGUGAGCUACCCCAACACCACGCUCAAGGAUGGAAGGGUUGCUUUCAUCGGGCACCAGUUGGGAGGUGUGGUGCUCGCCCCCAAUAGCCGAGACCAGCAGGUAAAGUCGGCCAAGGCCGUCCAGAUCACGUACUACCUCCACAACUACGGCUCGGCCACGCAGGACGCCAUUGCCGAGAAGUGGGAGCACGAGUUCUGCCAGCUGGCGCGGCGGCUGGCGUCAGCCAACGGUGACCUGCACCCGCAGUCGCUCACCUCGCUCAGCCUGUGGCAGGACUUCCACCGCACCGGCGUGCUGGCAAGGGGCGAGGUGUUAGUGGGCCUGGUGCUGGUGCUGCUGGCCGCCACCGUCUCCAGCUCCAUGCGUGACUGUCUGCGCGGGAAGCCCUUCCUCGGCCUGCUGGGGGUGCUCACCAUCUGCAUCGCUAACGUAACAGCCGCCGGCAUCUUCUUCAUUUCCGAUGGGAAGUUCAACUCCACGCUGCUGGGCAUCCCCUUCUUCGCAAUGGGACAUGGGACUAAAGGAGUUUUUGAACUUCUGGCUGGGUGGAGAAGAACAAGGGAAAAUCUUCCUUUCAAGGAGAGAGUGGCAGACACCUUUGCUGAUGUCAUGGUCUGCUACACGAUGACCAGCUGCCUCUACAUAAUCACAUUUGGAAUGGGUGCAAGCCCAUUCACCAACAUUGAGUCUGUUAAGAUCUUCUGCCAGAGCAUGUGUGUAGCCAUCCUUGUGAACUACUUCUAUGUCUUCUCUUUCUAUGGCUCCUGCCUAGUCUUUGCUGGUCAGCUUGAGCAGAACCGCUAUCACAGCGUGUUCUGCUGCAAGAUCCCAUCAGUAGAAUACUUGGACAGACAACCCGCGUGGUUCAAAACUAUGAUGAGUGACGGGCACGACCUCUCGAGCCACCACGAUAGUGUCCCCUACCAGAACCACUUCAUCCAGCACUUCCUCCGGGAGCACUACACUGAGUGGAUUACCAAUACAUAUGUUAAACCAUUUGUCGUCAUACUGUAUCUCAUUUAUGCAUCAUUCUCAUUUAUGGGAUGUUUACAAAUCAGUGACGGAUCGAACAUUGUCAACCUCCUGGUGAGCAAUUCCCCAAGCGUCUCCUACGCUCUGACUCAGCAGAAGUAUUUCAGCAACUACAGUCCCGUCAUAGGGUUCUACAUAUACGAGCCUAUAGAAUACUGGAAUUCAACUGUUCAGGAGCAUCUGAAGACCUUGGGCCAUGGGUUUAAUAAGAUUUCCUGGAUUGACAAUUUUUUUCAGUAUUUGAAGGUGGUGAACGUCAGUGCUUCAACUAAAAGCGAUUUCAUAAACAUCCUGCAGAACUCGUUCCUGAGGAGCCCAGAGUACCAGCACUUCAAGGACGACAUCAUUUUCUCUAAAACAGAGGAUGGCGUCGAGAUCAUUGCCUCCAGGAUGUACCUGGUGGCUCGGACCACAGAGAAGACACGGGAGGAAGUCGUGGAGCUGCUGGAGCGACUGCGGCCGCUAUCCCUCAUCAACAGCAUUAAAUUCAUCGUGUUCAACCCCACCUUCGUCUAUAUGGAUCGGUACAGCUCCUCGGUGAUAUCCCCAAUCCUGACAUCUGGGUUCAGUGUGUUGACUGUCUUGAUUCUAACGUUCUUCCUGGUUAUCAACCCCCUUGGAAACUUCUGGCUUAUACUGACCAUGACAUCUGUGGAGUUGGGGGUGCUUGGAUUGAUGACCCUGUGGAAUGUCGACAUGGAUAGCAUAUCCAUCCUGUGCCUUAUUUAUACUCUGAACUUUGCAAUGGAUCACUGUGCACCCCACCUUUACACUUUUGUACUCGCUACUGAGCACACAAGGACUCAGUGCAUCAAAAUUUCGCUGGAGGAGCAUGGGGCGGCCAUCCUGCAAAACGCAUCUUGUUUUGUAAUUGGGAUGAUACCCUUGGUGUUUGUGCCUUCCAACUUGACCUAUACGCUGUUCAAGUGCUCCCUGCUCACGGCCGGCUGCACAGUGCUGCACUGCUUCGUCAUCCUGCCCGUGUUUUUAACAUUCUUCCCUCCCUCUAAAAAGAGGCACAAGAAAAAGAAGCGUGCCAAGCGGAAAGAGCGCGAGCGAGAGCGCGAGCGAGAGGAGAUCGAGUGCAUCGAGGUCAGGGACAACCCUGACCACGUGACCAAUGUCUGAGCAGCCGUGGCCUAACAGGUGAAGGGGUAGAUUUUUGGAGCUCAUCCUUUAGAGGAAGGUCGCCGUGGCCCGAAGUUCUUCACGGUUCCGACAGUGACAGAGCAGACCAGCCGACAGGGCAAGGACAGGAACCUCAGUGGCCAUGUGGUC